AUGGCACCGGGCGCGGGCCCCGCGGGGGGAGGGGGAGGAAAUAUCAAGGUGGUGGUCCGAUGUCGUCCCUUCAAUUCAAGAGAACAUGACCGAAACGCAAAAUGCAUCAUCGAAAUGAAAGGAAACCAAACCAUCCUCACCCCUCCAGAUGCCAGCGCGGGUGGAGGGAAAUUAAGUGGGAAAGACUCGGCUCCCAAAGCGUUCGCGUUCGACAAGUCAUACUGGUCAUUCGAUAAAAGCGCUCCAAAUUAUGCCGGUCAGAACCACCUCUUCGAUGACCUGGGCCGACCGCUGCUCGACAAUGCCUUUCAGGGGUAUAACAACUGCAUCUUUGCCUACGGCCAGACCGGUUCGGGAAAGUCAUACUCGAUGAUGGGAUAUGGGAAGGAUGCGGGUAUCAUUCCCAUGAUUUGCCAGGACAUGUUCGAACGGAUCAAAGUGAUGCAGCAGGACAAGAAUUUGAAGUGUACGGUGGAAGUCUCGUACCUCGAAAUUUACAACGAAAGAGUACGCGACUUGUUGAACCCAGCGAACAAGGGAAAUCUCAAAGUCAGAGAACACCCUUCAACGGGUCCGUAUGUGGAAGAUUUGGCCAAGCUGGUGGUAGGGAGCUUCCAGGAGAUUGAGAACCUGAUGGACGAGGGUAACAAAGCGAGAACUGUGGCGGCUACCAACAUGAACGAAACUUCGAGUAGAUCCCACGCCGUAUUCACUCUCAUGCUCACCCAAAAAAGAUUCGAUCCCGAGACAAAGAUGGAGAUGGAAAAGGCUGCCAAAAUCUCUUUGGUUGAUUUGGCUGGUUCGGAAAGAGCCACCUCCACGGGAGCGACAGGCGCGAGAUUAAAAGAAGGCGCUGAAAUCAACCGAUCGUUGUCAACACUUGGUCGAGUUAUCGCAGCCUUGGCCGAUUUAUCAACAGGCAAGAAAAAGAAGGGCGGUACUGGCCAGGUACCAUAUCGCGACAGUGUUCUUACUUGGUUACUCAAAGACUCGCUGGGUGGCAACAGCAUGACGGCCAUGAUAGCAGCCGUGAGUCCAGCAGAUAUCAACUACGACGAAACCCUGAGUACGCUACGUUAUGCCGACUCUGCCAAGCGCAUCAAGAACCACGCAGUUGUCAACGAAGACGCCAACGCCAGAAUGAUUCGCGAGCUCAAGGAAGAGCUGGCACUGCUUCGGAACAAACUAGGUGGUGGUGGAGGAGCUCCAGGGAUGCCGGUAGAAUCAUAUCCAGAAGGUACGCCUCUCGAGCAGCAAAUCGUCAGUAUCACAGCACCGGAUGGUACGGUCAAGAAGGUCUCCAAGGCAGAAAUUGCGGAGCAGCUCAACCAGAGCGAGAAGCUUCUGCAGGAUCUUAACCAGACCUGGGAGCAAAAGCUGGCCAAAACAGAAGAAAUCCACAAGGAGCGCGAGUCUGCACUCGAAGAGCUUGGUAUCAGCAUCGAGAAGGGCUUCAUUGGCAUGUCGACGCCCAAAAAGAUGCCUCAUUUGGUCAACUUAUCAGACGACCCGCUUUUGGCCGAGUGCCUCGUUUAUAAUCUCAAACCUGGAAUCACAACGGUUGGCAACGUCGAGUCUAACGCGGACCACCAAGCAAAUAUCCGUCUGAACGGCUCCAAAAUUCUCCACGAGCACUGCACCUUUGAAAACGCGCCUGAUGGGACCGUGACAGUCAUUCCGAAGGAAGGAGCGGCCGUCAUGGUCAACGGCAAACGGGUUACAGAACCUUAUCAGCUGCACUCUGGAUAUCGGAUUAUUCUAGGCGAUUUCCACAUCUUCAGAUUCAACCACCCGCUCGAAGCUCGUGCGGAGAGGCAGGAGCGAGCGGACAAGAGUCUGUUGCGCCAGUCCGUUACCGCAAGCCAACUGCAAACACUUGAGAGAACGUCACCCACACCCAGCCCCAGACCUGGUCAUGACAGGAGCCUUAGUACAGCCAUCUCAGACUUUGGUGGGAGCCGCCCGGAUUCUCCCUCUCCAUUUAUGCGAAACCCCAGGGAGGCAGAUUGGUCUUUUGCGCGCAGAGAGGCGGCUGGCGCCAUUCUGGGGACAGAUCAAAAUUUCGCCAGUCUUUCAGACGAGGAGCUGAACGCUCUCUUUGAAGAAGUGCAACGAGUCCGGGCCGAACGUGUCAAUGGCCGCGAUGACAACGAGGACAUGGAGUCGAUGGCAUCCUUUCCCGUCAGGGAGAAAUACAUGUCAACGGGCACCCUGGACAACUUUUCGCUCGAUACAGCACUAACGAUGCCAUCUACCCCUAAGCAGGGCGAGGCCGAGGACAGGCUGCGUGAGAUUCGCGAAGAGAUGCAGACACAACUUGAGAAGCAAAAGGAAGAGUUUCACGAUCAGAUCAAGAGUGCCGAAGCGGCAAAUGUGGAGGUUGCCGAGAUCAAGAAGGAGAAGGCCAAGAUGGAGGAGACUCUGGUCAAGAUCAAGGCCGAGAUGCAAAAGCAGCUUGAAGUGCAAAGGCAGGAGUUUGAGAAGAAGAUUGAGAAGUUAGAUCCCCUCAAGAGACCGAAGCCCAAGCCGAGACUCUCGGAAGAGGAGAUUGAAAGAGCCAAGGUCGCGGUCAAACAUUGGAGGGGGAGGCACUAUGUGCAAAUGGCCGAGGCGGUCCUUCAGCAUGCUGCUACACUGAAAGAGGCCCAGAUCAUGAGUCACGAGCUGGAUGAGCAUGUCGUUUUCCAGUUUACAGUGGUGGAUGUGGGCCACAUGAUGUGUUCGUCCUACGACAUGGUCCUUAACGGGCUGACCGGCGAAGGGGAAGAUCCCGCACUCGAAGAUGCACCUAAGCCGUGCAUUGGGAUCCGGGUUAUUGACUACAAGCAGAGUGUGGUACAUCUAUGGAGCAUCGAGAAGCUCUACGAUCGAGUGAGACGCAUGCGGCAGAUGUAUCAGUACCUGGACCAGCCUGAAUAUGCCCAGCAUCUCAGUUUGGACAACCCAUUCAUUGAGGACUGCAUGCCGCAGUAUACCCUCGUUGGAGAGGUUGACGUCCCGCUCAAGGCUGUCUUUGAAAGCCGAGUUCAAGACUUUACGCUUGACGUAUUCUCCCCAUACACAUCACACACGAUCGGGAUUAUCAAGUUGGCGCUGGAGCCGUCUAGCGCGCGAGCGCCUACCAACACUCUCAAGUUUAACAUCGUUAUGCACGAGAUGCUUGGGUUCCCCGAACGUGAGGGCACCGAGGUGCAUGCCCAGCUAUUCAUUCCUGGCAUCUCCGAGGAUGGCAUCACUACUACGCAGAUGAUCAAGGAUUUCGACGAGGGCCCCAUCCGGUUCGAGAGCGUUCAUAGUAUGAGCGUUCCGCUGUUCGCGCCACCCCAGACUACUCUUCGCGUGGCUAUCUUCGCCAAAGUGUCUGCCAUGCACCUCGACAAACUUCUCAGCUGGGACGACAUGCGAGACGCUGUGCCUGCCAACCAAAAGCCCAAGACUCCUAGGAUCAGCGAGACUCAGUUCUAUACCGAAGAGAAGCAUGAUCUGCUCACCCGAGCGCAGAUAUUGGAGCUGAACGAAGAGGGCGAGUACAAGCCAGUCGAGGUCACGCAAACAAGCGAGAUGGACAAUGGAACUUUCCAGUUGCAUCAAGGUCUGCAACGACGCAUUUCUCUCAAUCUCACUCACAGCUCUGGUGAUGCCCUACCGUGGGAAGACGUGGCCAACAUGCGAGUGGGUAAGAUCCAGCUGCUGGAUAGCGCUGGAAAGUCACCCGACAUGGGAUCUUCUGGCCCCGACCUCCAUCUCAAGUUGGCCUCCAAACCAGUUUUCCGGACGAAUGCCAAUGGUACCAGAGGCUUGACGAUCAUCGGUCAGUGGGACUCUAGCUUACACAACUCGCUGCUACUGGACAGGGUGACUUCGGAGAAGUACCGAGUUCAAAUGACGGUGUCCUGGGAGAUUUUGUCAGAGAAGCUAGCAGAGCCGAUGAAGUUUUCAAUGAAUCUCUGCGUACAAAUUGUCUCGCGGUCGUUCAUACGACAAACAUCAAUGUUUUCGUCGCUCUGGCAAAACGUCCGGUUUGUGCACUCUUGCACAGGGAUCUUCACUCUUCAAAUGCGACCUGCGCCUAUUAAGAGGGCGGGCGACUUGUGGAGGAUGAAUAGUCAGCAUGACUACGUCAAGGGAGAGGAGCUUCUUACAGCUUGGACACCGAGGGGUGUAUCUCUUGUGGCGGACUUUAUUGGUUCAAGGAGGAAAAAGCAGAUGAUGAGUGAGAUGGCAGUUAUCCAGUCGCUGAUGAAAAAAUAUGGCUAUAGGGAGAAUGGGCACCUCAACGGAAUAGACGGUGGACCCAACGAUGACCUUUUGCCACCACCGAAAAUCAACAGCGAUGCUGAUUCUAUCGCCGAGUUGCUCAAGGAUGACACACCUGAGGUAUCGCCGACUACAUCACCUGUUAUCUCUCACUCCGAGCUCGCCAAGGAUGGGGAAGAAAGCCCUGAAUCAAGAACGAUCGAGGAGCCCACACCACCACUGGAGGAAGAGAAACCAGUAUCAGAGUAUGACGACAGGCAAACUGCCCUGUUAAACAAAUGUCUCAAGCUCUGGCAGCGCUACCCAGACUCUACGCUCAAACUCAUUUCACCGGAAAACACCGAUCCUCCAGAGGAUGGUGUUGCAACUGAAAACAACCCCAACGGCAAUGGGAACGAAUACCAUUACAGCGCCCCAACCUUUGUCGCUACUGUCAUCCGGGUCCCUAAGAACCCUUCCGUCCUCAAAGGCGGUUAUCUCUUGGUCCCUAACGCCGACUCAACUCGCUGGGUGAAGCGCUUCGUUGAGCUCCGUCGUCCAUACCUUCACAUACACUCCGUCGCCGACGGAGAAGAAAUCGGCAUUGUCAGCCUUCGAAAUGCCCGAAUUGACUCGCAACCUGGUAUUCUUGGCCUCCUACACUCCCAUCAAGACUAUGACCACAACAACUUUGACCCUGACAACGUGGCUCAACAACAAAGCGGCAGUAUCGUAGGCGGCGUCGCGUCCACGGCUACAGGUUUGAUCUCGUCUUUGACAGGCACACCCGGACAAGGGCAAGGGGUUAGCAGGCUCAGCGAACGGCUGCAAGCAGGCGUGUUUGCCAUUUACGGGACGGAUAACACGUGGCUCUUUGCAGCGAGGAGCGAGAGGGAUAAGCUGGAGUGGAUUUUUAGAAUUGAUCAGAGUUUUGCGCAGACGGGGAGCACACCGGCCGGGAGUGUGAUGGAUGCCGGGAGCAACAGUGGAACUGCUAGUCCCAUGCCAAGGUGGUGAAGAAGAAGCGCGCGGAGGAAAGAGCACAAUCGGAUAGGGGUGGAUGGGAUGGUAAAAAAAGGGAGAUACCCAGGACGUUUUAUUUCUUUCCUUUAUUUUGUUGACUUUUCGUUUAUGAAGAAUCUGGAUUUUCAUGAGCUGCUUUCAUCCUGGCAGGAGAUGACACACUGGAGGGGAGAAGAUUUUGCUAUAGAUGGUUUCGAAAAGACGGUGGCAUAGAAAGAGCUCCCUUUUUGUUUGUUGCCAGACUCAUGAUUUGUUUUUUUCCCUUUUGGUACAUGAGAUAAAUGUAUAUAGCUAGGUGAGGUAGUUGGAAGCAUGCUUUUGCAACACGCGAUACGCGAACAAGGACGGUUGAUUGUUAAAGCAGGAUAAGGUAGUUAGGAAGGGGGCAACCAGGGAAAUGAAUUGGGAUGUGAAUGAGGUUAUGGAAUUGAGCGAGAUACCUAUCAUGCUUUGAAAA